GCUGACGCGAGCCGGCGUGCGGUGACGUCAGCGCGCCGGUUGCCGUGGAGACGAGACUGUGCCCCGCCCCCUCCAGCCCCGGGACCAUGGUGCUCAUCAAGGAAUUUCGGAUAAUCCUACCAAUCUCUGUGGAUGAGUACCAGGUGGGACAGCUGUACUCUGUAGCAGAAGCAAGUAAGAAUGAGACUGGUGGCGGUGAAGGGGUUGAAGUGUUACAGAAUGAACCAUAUGAGAAAGAUGGUGAGAAAGGACAGUACACACACAAGAUCUACCACCUCCAGCGCAAGGUGCCUAAGUUUGUGCAGAUGCUGGCUCCUGAGGGAGCUCUGAACGUACACGAGAAGGCUUGGAACGCGUACCCAUACUGCAGAACUGUCAUUACGAACGAAUACAUGAAGGAUGACUUCCUGAUCAAAAUUGAAACCUGGCACAAGCCUGAUAUGGGCAACACAGAAAAUGUACAUGGCCUUGAACCCAACACAUGGAAAAAUGUUGAAGUUAUUCACCUAGACAUUGCUGACCGGAGCCAGAUUCACUCACGGGAUUACAAGUUAGAGGAGGAUCCUGCAAUAUACAAGUCUAUUAAGACAGGUCGUGGAAAACUGGGACCUAAUUGGAAG